AUGGUCGAUUGGUGGAAGACAUUGUUCCGGGACGUCAGAGAUUAUAGAAGUUCAGAAUCCCGAAAUCGGAGGACGUCGAAAGUUCAGAAAGCUUCAGAAGUUUCGAAAAAUCGCCAAAAUUCUAGACAACGCAUUCCGCUGAUUGAUCCACCGCUGCCAGGACAGCAAUUGACUUCGAGUAGGUUUCUUUUGCUACAGCAACCCAAGAAUUUAAUUUUUUGCAGUGGAAGAAAUUCAAACGAUCUCAAUGAGAGUUAUGCAAAGUUCAUAAAUGCUGGACAACGGAUUACGGUAGCGAAGAAAGCGCUCGUCAGCUGGAACUGUACAUUUUGCUCGGAUUGUACCAAAAACAUCACGCUGAGCAAUGAAAUGGACACAUUUCUACAUAUUGUGAAAGUCAAUCAUCAGAAGAAGAUGAAUGGUCAAGCUACACGGUCGGAUUUACUGUAUUGGAAGGAAUGGGUCGAUAGAUGGGAUGCCGAAACUACAGUAACCGCGCAAUGUUUGAUCGAGCCUACAGAAGUCCCACAAAAUGUUCAUGAAGCGAAUGGAUACAUUAGAAGUGUGAAUUAUCUGUCUACAGUAAGAACUGGUAGUUUUUGA